AUGGGUAAGUCUAUAAAGCUGGCGAAGAUCCUGAAGAAGAGGAAGGUCAAUAUAGCGUGUGUCCAAGAGACUCGGUGGGUAGGAUCAAGGACGAGGAAUGCAGACGAGUACAAGUUGUGGUACUCUGGAGUCCUGAAGGGUAAGAAUGGUGUAGGCAUUCUGGUGGAUAGGGAACUUAGAGAGUCUGUGGUAGAGGUUAGGCGGGUGAAUGAUAGGUUAAUGUCUAUUAAGUUGGUAGUUGGAGAGAGCACCCUAAAUGUCGUGAGUGCGUAUACGCCGCAAGCGGGCUUGGAUGAGGAGGUCAAGAGGCGCUUCUGGGAGGGGUUGGAUGAUAUUGUGCGUAGUAUUCCGCCUGCUGAGAGGUUAUUUAUAGGAGGGGAUUUCAAGGGUCAUAUUGGGUCGACUGCAGGCGGCUAUGGCGAGGUGCAUGGUGGCUUUGGUUUUGGGGAUAUGAAUGCAAGAGGUACUUCGUUGCUGGAUUUCGCAAAGGCAUCUGAGCUAGUGAUUGCUAACUCUAGAUUUCCAAAGAGGGAGGACCAUUUGGUUACUUUUCAGAGUACGGUGAUGGAGACUCAGAUUGACUAUCUUCUCCUAAGGAGGUACGACAGAGGGCUGUGUCAGGAUUGCAAGGUUAUCCCGGGUGAGACCCUUGCGACGCAACAUAGGCUUUUGGUGAUGGGCGUCAGUAUUAUGAUGAAGAGGAAGAGGAAGACUGCACGAGUUUAA